AUGGCUGAUGAGGUGGGCUCCCUGUACACGGCGCUGGAGGUGCUGAUCGCCAUGGCGUGUUGCCUGGGCAACCUCUUGGCGAUCUGGGCCGUGUGGGCCAGCAGGUCUCUACGACAGCCCACGUUCUGCUUCGUGGUGUCGCUGGCGGGGGCAGACUUCCUGGUGGGAGCUCUGGCGAUCCCCAUGGCGGUGCUGGUAGACGGCAGGUUGAUGACCUCGUUCCACAGCUGCCUGUUCCUCAGCUGCAUGGUGCUCCUGCUGAUCCAGGCCUCCGUGCUGAUGCUCCUGGCCAUCGCUGUGGACCGACACCUGAGAGUAAAGAUCCCACUCAGAUACAAGCGGAGCGUCACACAGAAGCGGUCCUGGACGGCGGUGGCGGUGUGCUGGCUGCUGGCCUUCGUCCUCGGCCUCACACCAAUGUUCGGCUGGUACAACCACCAGACCCUGUCCGAGAUGGAGAGCACCAACUCUACCACCCUCGUCUGCCGCUUUGUGGCCGUCAUCCCCAUGACCUUCCUGGUCUACUUCCAGUUCUUCGGGUGCAUACUGCUCCCGCUGCUGGUGAUGUGGGGCCUGUACGCCCACCUCUUCUACACCAUCUCCAAGCGGCUGCAGAAGAGCCACUCCACGUGCUCCCAGUCCCACGCCUACUACGCCAAAGAGCGCAAACUCGCCAAGUCCCUGGUGUUGGUCCUGGUCCUGUUUGCCGUUGGUUGGCUGCCACUGUGUAUCAUGAACUGUGUGACAGUCUUUGGCGGUAAUGUCCCUCUGGUCGCCAUAUACAUUGGGAUCCUCUUGACGCACGCUAACUCCGCCAUCAAUCCGGUCGUGUACGCUUUCAAGGUGCCCAAGCUCAGGAAAGCCUACCUGCAGGCCUGGAGGAAGUGCACCCCUUGCUGCCGAUGGGGGGUAUCGCAUAGCACUGAGAGCAAGGAGAGCAGCAGCGCCGUCAGAAGCCGGAAUAAACUGGAUUAUUCUGAAAGUAGUCUACAAACCACCUAAUUGUGCCCUCAUAGUUUCACCAAAAAGUAAUUCUGCUUACUGUUAAUUGAAUUACAAUUUUCUUC